AUGAAUCCUUAUGGUAACUUCUUCGGUGUUCCUCAGUCCUAUUAUGGGGCAAUUCCACCAGGUUACCCAGCUUAUGUUGCUCCAAAUUUGAUGGGCUAUGCACCAGUACCUACGGCAGCCACAACUGUUACUGUUUCACAGCCUUCUACAACUCAAACAUCGAAGCCUGAGACUACAGCUACUGUUGUAACACAAGUCAUUGUUACCCAAGAUAAAACUCCAGUGACAACAGUUUUUGUGGGAAAUAUUCCAGACAGGGCACCAGAUUCUGUCAUCAAAGCACUUUUAAUGCGCUGUGGAAAUAUCUUAAGUUGGAAACGAGUUCAAGGUGCUUCUGGAAAUUAUCAGGCUUUUGGUUUCUGCGAAUAUCAAAGUCCAGAAUCAACUUUGAGAUGUGUCCGGCUUUUAAAUAAUUUCGAAAUUCUGGAAAAGAAAUUGAUGGUAAAAGUUGAUGCUAAAACUGAGGAGCUUUUAAAGGAAUAUCAAAAAAAGAUUAAGGGUGGUAUAGAUGGUAAAAAACAGACUGAUGAAGAAGAUCAAGAUGAUGAAGUUGUCAAAACGGCACUUCAAAAUAUCUUAAAAGAGGCCAUUGAUACCUAUCAACUUGGUCAUGAAUCCCCUAAUAGGACUGAGUAUCUUGAGGGUCCUAGGCAUUUGACCAUUGAUGAUCUGGAUAUAGAUGGGGAACGUAAGGAUUUAAUCAAUAAAGAAAUUGAGACGUUUCGUCGGCGAAAUGAGAAGGAAAUGCCAGCUGAGGAUCGAAAUAAACGAACCCGAGAUUUGGACUUCUACACUUCUCGCUAUUCCUCAUCCUCACGUACUGCAACAGCUACCCGAUCUGAUCGUGAUUCUGAACGUGGCGGCGGUAGUCGGUACUCUAGAUCACGAUCACCUUCAAGGGAGCCCUUGAAAAAGCGUCCACGCGGGGGUAUUACUAGCUCUUCCUUAGUCUCUGAUAAACACUACCGUUCUGGUCGAUCUGUUGAUGAAGAAGAAGAAGCCAUCAAAAAACGUCUGGAGAGAAAACUUAAGGAGAAAGAGGAGUCUUAUCAAAGUCGCCUUCGUCAAUGGGAAGCUCGAGAACGCAAGAAGCAUGACGAGUAUGAACGCGAUGCUGAGCGCGAUAAUAAAAAACAAGAGUAUAUGCAAUCAGAAGCCAAGAACUUGUUGGAGUUUCUCACUGCUUAUGACGAUGACGUUGAGGAUUCUAAGUACUACAAGGGAAGCGCGCUUCAGCGUAGGCUAACAGAUCGUGAGGUUGAGGAGACGGCUGAUGAAAGGGACCGUCAGAAAGAGCACGAGCAAUUAGAAGCCAUUCGUAAGAAGCUACUUGAGGAAGAGAAUCCAGAAGUUGAGACGAUUAUUCUCCAAAUGGAACAGGCAAUGCAAGAGCAUCUGCAAAAGCGUCUAAAUAUUGAUCCGAAAUCUUCCCAGUCUUCUUCCUCUGUUUCAAGAGAUGCUUCUCCUGAGUCUCAUUCAAUUGACAUACCCAAGGUCAGUUCCAGCGGAUUUCGGCCUGUUUCUCCAGAGAAAGAGUCUGGAAUAACUGAGAGUGCUUCUCUGGAGGAAGCAAAUAGAGGUGAUUUACCACGAAAGGACUCGAGCACUUUCCUAUUCUCCAUGUCUUCAAAGACAAACGAUAAUGUAAUCAAGCCAGCAGCGGCAUUUGAUGAUGAUGAGGUAGAGGCGAAGUCUAAACGUCCAGCUUUGAGUUUUGUGCCUCCAUCUGCAUCAGAGAAGGUUAGCACCUCGCGCCUGAGUUCCAACUAUCCCGAUCUCAAAGCGGUAGCUAAUUUGUCCGUUGCAGAGAAGAAGGCGAUCAUAAAACAAAUUAUUGAGAGAAUUCCAACCAAUAUGGAGGAGUUGUUCACCUACCCCAUCGACUGGAGAGCUGUGGACUCGGAUCUUGUUGGUGAAAGAAUAAAGCCUUGGGUUGACAAGAAAAUUGUUGAAUAUCUCGGAGAACCUGAGGCAACAUUGUCCAAGUUUAUUUGCGAGCAAUUGUUGGAACAUAAGCCACCAGCUAAAAUGCUUUCUGAUAUUGCCAUGGUUUUGGAGGAAGAGGCUGAAAUUUUUGUGGCCAAAAUGUGGCGCCUUUUAAUCUACGCCAUUGCGGAAAAGAAUCUUGGUCUUACGGCGUACAUGCGAAUUCGUCGCUUAGCGCGUUUAACGAUGUCGAUGUUAUUCAAUAUGAGAGAGCAUUACAGUCGUCUCUCAACAAGUACAAUUUCUAACUCUCAGCUCAAAUGUUCUGACUCUUGUUGCUCGCCCCGAUGCUCGUUUUAUCGUGGCUUAUUUGCUCAACAUGUUUCCCCUCUUACUUGUCUUCUCCUUGCUUCUCUUCUUAUUUACUUACCGGAAUCGGGGCGACUCCAGGCUUACUUAGUUACCACUCUUCUAAUGCUCAUGUUUUUCGUCUCUUUUGUGUAUUUUCUUGAAACAUUCUUCACUUUUGCUCCAAAUAUUCCCAACAAAAGUCGAUUCUACGUGGAAAUGCCCCAAGAUUCACAAUUUCCCAAAUGGAGGGUUGUUAAACUCAAGUCACCAUCUUUAGGAAGUGGCGGUGAAGUCACUUUAAAAUCCUUCCUUAUUCUUCAAGAAGAUCCUUCUAAAAGAGCAACCGCUCCGACCAUCCUUUUCAUCCAUGGAAACGCCGGAAAUAUCGGUCAUCGCUUACCUAUGGCGAAAAUUCUCUAUGAUGCUUGUGGAGCCAAUGUCUUCCUGCUGGAGUACCGGGGAUUUGGAUAUUCAAAUGGUCAGGUGAAUGAAGCUGGCAUUUGUGCUGAUGCAAAAGUUGCUCUUGAUUACUUAGCUUCAGGAGCUGAUGGCGACGUCGACGGUCAAAAUAUAUUUGUCUUCGGGAGAUCACUAGGGGGUGCAAUUGUUAUCGAUUUGUGUACCCAACCUGGGCUAUCAGCUCAUGUUCGGGGAAUUAUUCUGGAGAAUACUUUUACUUCUAUCCCCGGAAUGGGACGGUCUAUAUUCUGCAGUGUGUUCGGCUCAAUUGGGCGAUUUCUUCUACCUACGGCAUUCGUUCACAAUCGAUUCAAUUCCCUGAAAAAAUUGUCGAAAUGCAAUUUGGAUGAGGACUUGAAAUUCUUGUUCAUUUCUGGCUCUAAGGAUGAGUUAGUGCCACCACGUAUGAUGAAGCAAUUAGCCGCAGCCUGGGCUAUAAAUCUGGGGAAGACUAGUGAACUGGACGAAGCUUGGAAUUUCGAGAACCCACAGGCUUUCAUUGACCGUGGAAUUGAGGGAAUUGUUCAUUUUGAGAGUGGAAACCAUGGAACUACUUGGAUGUGUGAUGGUUUCAAUGAUGUUAUUAAUCGCUUUCUUUCUCUUCAUCAAACUCCACUUAGUGCGAAUAAGUAA